AUGGCCAAGGGCUUCCGACCCUCUAACAGGAAUUUUGUUGCUAAAAGAGGUCGAGGCAAAUUUGUGUUUACACCUUCACGGCACUUUUCUAGGCAUGAUCCACCAUCUCAAGAUGCGUCGGGUCCGGAUACCAUCGCUCCUGUGACACAGUCUCCGAAAGCAAAUGAGCGAGAGGCCCCUCCUUCGUCCUUGGUGCAAGACAAAUCCAUUGAUACAAAUGACAGAAACCUUCUUCCCCGGCCGGAGAGGAACAGAACCAGCCACGUUGGAUCAACACCCGGCUCCGCGCAGAUUAAGGCAGCCCAAGAUGUAGCGAAAGAUGAUAAGAGCUCUUCUACUAACCAGGUAAAUUCACAUGCUGUGUCGAACAUGAGGACGCCAUUGGAAAUGGAUUUGCAAGCGGGGACAGAGGGGGUGAUAAACCAGCCGCUUGGUCUCGAUUUUGCCACCAAAAAACCGAGUUCUUGCUCAAAUACUGGGUCGGCAACGCAUCCCACAGAGAAUCUCGAGAUGGAUGCGCCUAGAAAUGGGCAAUCCGUUGAUACAACUGACAGCCAACACUUGGCUGGGACGGCGCAAGCGGCUUCUGAGGGGUCUCCUUCAAAUGGAGGGUUUAAGAAGAUCGAGCCUUACCUAGGCCGUGACUCUCAGUCGCGCAUUUCUUCCACCUCUCCUGUGAAUCAUAUUCAGUUUACCUCUGAAGACGGUCUCAAAUUUAGGUCUUCUCCUCGGACAUCCAAGCCAAAGAAGGACAAUACACAGAAAAAAUCGGAGCAUCAUUAUCCAGAAACACGAAUGAGUUCGAAGGCGAAGCUCUUAUCAACUCCCACUAAGCGCUCGGCUCCCCUGACAAGUCAAGGGCCCCCAGUCAGGAAACAGCAUCUUCAAGGUACCCUGCCUGAAGUCAGCGCCGAAAUCGAUGAUGAGGUGAAUAUGGCCGAUGUUAGUGACGUUGAUGAGGAAGUAAAGCCGGCCAAACCCGUGCCGCUCUCCUCCCGUGCCAAAGCAGAAGCUCGCAAAAAGAGGCUUUUAGUCGAGUUCGAUUCUGAGGCAUUCGACUCACUCAUUUAUCGACAGUCAAGUUUGCGACCACCUCCGCAUGUUACUGUAUCUUCGCGUAUUGUCAAGUACCGCCCAGUUUACGGCGACCAAAAGCCACUCUAUCUUCCGGUGAAUCCAGCAAUCCAUCACAUACAUAAGAGAUCCCGUGCCUGGUAUAGAAAGAAGUGCGACGAAAUCAGACGGCGUCCCAAACGCAAAGAGUGGUUUGGCAAGGUUGUGGAGAGGCAACGCUGGUUACAGGCUCUAGAGGUGAAGAAGCAAGAGAAAAUCAAACAAGCUCAGCAAGACGGGACUACUCCCCCCUACAUACCACCAGAGCCGGGGGGGGUCAAGCGUAUUCUUGACUUUGGUGACCUACCCGAGGAGGAACUGCCUGAAUAUGUGCGGAAUAACCCGGCUUGGUUGAAAGCCUGCGCUUGGUUCAGGGAAUGCGAGGAUAAGACGACUGCACGCCAGCGACAUGUCAACAACAAGACGAAAGAGACAGAGAGUUACUUUCAGAGCUUGAACGCUUGA